UACACCUGUAAGCAGUGAAGAGUGACAUGCAUAUAAUACAGCUGCAGGCAGUUCCAAGGAUGAUUGCAGCAGCCCAGCACAGUCCGUUUCCAUCCCAGGGGGCAGCUCCCGAUCACUGAUGUUCUGCUAACACCCUGAGACAGGGCUCUGCGAUAAAUGUACCAGACUGCCCUGAGCAGAGCUGUCUCUGUGUUUGGUAAGUGCAGCUAAUAUGGCCCACGAGCGCGCACGGAAAUGUAUAACUGCAAUCUGAUCCGGGCUGGAGGCUGUGUGAUUCCAACAUAAUUGCAUCCUCUGGCUUGUUGCAGGAGAUCACAGGUAAUGGAGCCGUAAUGAACGCUUUGUCACUUAACCCUUUCAUGGGAAAUGCGCUUUAUUUUGAGUGGAUUUCAUUAUGAUAUGGAGAAGCUGAGCAGGAAAUGGCACCCUGUAUAUAAGGCUGCCCCCCCCAGUCAUAACAUGAGCGCAGAGGAAACGCCGACGUCGGACGAGUUGGAGUGUAAGAUAUGUUACCAGAAAUACAACAACCACAGCCGUAAGCCUAAGAUCCUCGACUGCCUUCACCGCGUCUGUGCAAGAUGUCUAUCCAAGAUCCUCACUUUAGCAGGUGGUUCUCUCUGCAUCAGCUGCCCCUUCUGUCGCAACGAGACCGAACUACAGGAAGACGAGGUUGCGGGGCUCCCGGAUGACACCAACAUUUUGUCAAAGCUGGCGGAGAGAGCACUUUGCAAUUCGGACAGCAACGAAGUGGUCUUAACACCCAAAACUCUGUCUUCUUCUAGCCCAUCUCAUGGAUCUUCCAACUGCUUAGUGAUCACGAUAAUGGAAGUACAACGGGAUUCCACUAGGACUACAAGUCAGAAUACCAUCUCUGACUACUACACGGAGCACAGCAUGGACUCAGCUUCCAUAAGCUCACAUGGCCAAACGGACUAUGACCUUUUCUCUAAACUGUGCAACCACGUUCCGCGGAUACUAGUGUGGCUCCUUGGCUUUUUUUACUUCGGAUCUCUGCCCCUAGGGAUUUAUCUCCUUGUGAUUCAGAAGGUGACGCUUGGGAUCGUGUGCGUCAGCCUGGUUCCCUCCAGCCUGACGGUCUGUCUGGUCUACGGUUUCUGCCAGUGCCUGUGCCAAGGAAUGUGCGACUGCUCCUCCAGGAGUUAACAAAGGUUGCAAGAGACUAAUUUCGAGAUGUCCCUAAUGUACCUACAAACCAAUUCACUGGGGAAAGGUAGCCCGCCAGGCUAUUAAUGGGUUUUGUUACUCACCAACUUAUUAUAUGUAUAUUUAAUGUAGAAUGAAGUCUACUGGCACUUGGAGAUAAAUCAAGUUACAACACAGUAAAAGUUUGUCCUCUUGUCAUGUGGAUAUUGUUUGUUUCCAGAUAGUCGAGAGUUUCUAAGUGGUUCAGCGGGAGGUAAAGUACCUUUUUAUUUCAGAGCUACUUGAGAAGCUCUUGUGUCAGCCUUUCACAAUAACCUGAUUUUAACUUCAACAUCUUAUUAAAUUUUUUUAAAAAGGCAA